GCCGAGGCGCGCAGCAUGGAGUGGGGUUACCUGUUGGAAGUGACCUCUUUGCUGGCCGCCUUGGCGCUGUUGCAGCGCUCGAGCGGUGCGGCGGCUGCCUCGGCUAAGGAGCUGGCUUGCCAAGAGAUCACCGUGCCGCUGUGCAAGGGCAUCGGCUACAACUACACGUACAUGCCCAACCAGUUCAACCACGACACGCAGGACGAGGCGGGCCUUGAGGUGCACCAGUUCUGGCCGCUAGUAGAGAUCCAGUGCUCGCCCGACCUCAAGUUCUUCCUGUGCAGCAUGUACACGCCCAUCUGCCUGGAGGACUACAAGAAGCCCCUGCCUCCUUGCCGCUCGGUCUGCGAGCGCGCCAAGGCCGGCUGUGCACCCCUCAUGCGCCAGUACGGCUUCGCCUGGCCCGACCGCAUGCGCUGCGACCGGCUGCCGGAGCAGGGCAACCCCGACACGCUGUGCAUGGACUACAACCGCACCGACCUCACCACAGCCGCACCCAAUCCGCCGCGCCGCCUGCCGCCGCCGCCCCCGGGUGAGCAGCCGCCCUCCGGCAGUGGCCACGGCCGCCCGCCCGGGGCCAGGCCCCCGUCCCGCGGCAGGGGCGGUGGCGGCGUGGACGCAGCGGCGCCCCCCACGCGCGGCGGCGGCGGCGGCGGCGGCGGGAAGGCGCGGCCCCCUGGCGGCGGCUCCGCUCCCUGCGAGCCGGGCUGCCAGUGCCGCGCGCCCAUGGUGAGCGUGUCCAGCGAGCGGCAUCCCCUCUACAACCGCGUCAAGACCGGCCAGAUUGCCAACUGCGCGCUGCCCUGCCACAACCCCUUCUUCAGCCAGGACGAACGCGCCUUCACCGUCUUCUGGAUCGGCCUGUGGUCUGUGCUGUGCUUCGUGUCCACCUUCGCCACCGUCUCCACCUUCCUCAUCGACAUGGAGCGCUUCAAGUAUCCUGAGCGGCCCAUUAUCUUCCUGUCGGCCUGCUACCUCUUCGUGUCUGUCGGCUACCUGGUACGCCUGGUGGCGGGCCACGAGAAGGUGGCGUGCAGCGGCGGCGCGCCCGGAGCGGGCGGUACGGGAGGCGCGGGCGGCGCGGCGGCGGCAGCGGGCGCGGGCGCGGCGGGCGCGGGCGCGGGUGGCCCUGGCGGGCGCGGCGAGUACGAAGAACUGGGCGCUGUGGAGCAGCACGUGCGCUACGAGACCACGGGCCCGGCGCUGUGCACCGUGGUCUUCUUGCUCGUCUACUUCUUCGGCAUGGCCAGCUCCAUCUGGUGGGUGAUCCUGUCGCUCACGUGGUUCCUGGCGGCGGGCAUGAAAUGGGGCAAUGAGGCCAUCGCUGGCUACUCGCAGUACUUCCACCUGGCCGCGUGGCUCGUGCCCAGCGUCAAGUCUAUCGCCGUCCUGGCGCUCAGCUCCGUGGACGGCGACCCGGUGGCCGGCAUCUGCUACGUGGGCAACCAGAGCCUCGACAACCUGCGCGGCUUCGUGCUAGCGCCGCUCGUCAUCUACCUCUUCAUCGGCACCAUGUUCCUGCUGGCCGGCUUCGUGUCGCUCUUCCGCAUCCGCUCAGUCAUCAAGCAGCAGGGCGGCCCCACCAAGACGCACAAACUGGAGAAGCUCAUGAUCCGCCUGGGUCUCUUCACCGUACUCUACACCGUGCCCGCCGCCGUCGUGGUCGCCUGCCUCUUCUACGAGCAGCACAACCGCCCGCGCUGGGAGGCCACGCACAACUGCCCGUGUCUGCGGGACCUGCAGCCAGACCAAGCGCGCCGGCCCGACUACGCCGUCUUCAUGCUCAAGUACUUCAUGUGCCUCGUGGUGGGCAUCACCUCGGGCGUGUGGGUCUGGUCCGGCAAGACUCUCGAGUCGUGGCGCGCCCUGUGCACCCGCUGCUGCUGGGCCAGCAAGGGUGCUUCGGGGGGCGCGGGCGCUGGGGCCGCAGGGGGCGGUGGGGUGCCGGGAGGUGGUGGGGGCGUGGGGUCCGGUGGGGGCGGGGUCCCGGGCGGUGGGGCGGGAUCCCUCUACAGCGACGUCAGCACCGGCCUGACGUGGCGAUCUGGCACGGCCAGCUCCGUGUCUUAUCCAAAGCAAAUGCCAUUGUCCCAGGUCUGAGAGGAGGGGAGGGGGCACCCGGAAGGAAUGGGGAGGGGGGCGAGGAAACCUAGUGCAGCGAAGGGACACUCGACGGGCUGAGGUUCCCACCCCUUCACCGUGUUGAUUGCUAUUAGCAUGAUAAUGAACUCUUAAUGGUAUCCAUUAGCUGGGACUUAAAUGACUCGCUUAGAACAAAGUACCUGGCAUUGAAGGCUCCCAGACCCAGCCCCCUUUCCUCCAUUGAUAUGCGUGGAGCUCCUCCCGCCAGGCGUUAAUCUCUGUUGGCAGCGGAGGGUGGACUCUGCUGCUGCGUUUCAGAACGCAAGGUUUGUAGCCCUCGCUGGUUGCCAUUUGCUGAGCUUGAAGCCAGAUCUACAGAUUUCACCUGAGGGACCUGUUUUUCUCCCUCCAUUCUCCUACGUAAAUUCUUACUCCUAACAUAUCCUAGAGGAGGGAUGACCGCGACCUAAUGGAAUUGCACGGUUUGGGUAUUCUUAAUGACCAGGCAAAUGCCUUAAAUAAACAAACAAGAAAUGUCUUAAUUAUACACCCCAAGUCAAUACGGGUUUCUUACAUUAGAGGAUGUAUUUAUAUAAUUAUUUGUUAAAUUGUAAAAAAUGUGUAAAAUAUGUACAUAUUCAAAGAUAUACAGUCUGUACAUUUUUUUUUGUAAAAAGUUUAGAGGCCACCCCUGUAAGAACAAAUAUAAGUAUUCUAUUUUGUCAAUAAAAUGACUUUUGAUAAAUGA